AUGAAGGCGGCGCGCGCUCUGCUUGUAGCCGUAGCAACGCUGGGAGUGGCGCCUUUCUGCACAGGUGCGUUUGCAGGGCCUUGCUCUGUCUGUGCGCCGCCGCCGAGCCCGCCCUUUCUCGGGACUGAGGACGGGAGGGCGGGACGCCUGUGUGUGUGUGUGUCUCUUUCUCCCUCUCUCCUUCUCUCAGCAAGAGGAACUGGGGGUGGGCGCGGGGGUUCACCUGGGCUCCCCGUUGCUCGUGGGUGACCCUCAUCCCUGGGGCGGGCGAGGGUCGGCAGCGAAGCUGAGGGCUUUCGCUUUGGUGCAGCCUCGCGUUGCCGGAUAGGAAGACGCGCUUCCAGGAAAGGCGGCGCGAGUUCUCUCCGCUCCGAGCCCUGGCACGCGCUGAUAAUGCAGGGCUUCCAGGAAUCGGGCUCGCUUUCCGCUUCGCUUGCGCUCGUAGAUUUGCCUGCGGUGGCUUUUGGGGGAAGGGCUGUGGCCCGGUGGAAGAAGACUUGCUUGGAAUGCAGAAGGUCCGUCCGUCCCCCUCAACUCCGCUCCCGGAAUCUCCAGGCAGGGCCGGGAGAAAACGCUGCCCGAAACCUCGGAGAGCUGACCUGCGUGCUGGUCAGUGUAGCAGACAAUACCAGAUGAACCAAUGGCAGCUGCUUGGUGGGAUCAUACUGGGGGCACGGGUUAAGUAGCAUGGGUGGGUAAGUUAAGAGGUGUGUUUCAUGGAGUAGCUUGCAAAAACGCACAAUAAUAGCAAAAUAAAAUAGGUGCUGAAAAUAUGGAUAGCUAUGGGCAUACCCUGCUGUAUGUUAAACCGCUGUUUCCCUUUGCUGUAGUUAUCAGGGUUUUGACCUUUACCACGAGCAGAAGAUGUGAAAGCUUGUAAGCAGUAUUUUUUCUUUUAAAAAAUGUUUAGGGGUACUCUCGUUUUCCUACUCAUAUUGAAAUACUGCCCCUCAAUGAGGCCAAACUGAGAUUCACAAAAUGUUUAGGGGUAUGUGUACCCCUGCGUCCCCCCAGAAAAAAGCGCUGCUUGGAAGUAGUAACAUGCAUGAUGGAAACAGCACUCUAUAUUUAGUCCUAGAACUUUAUCCUCAUGUGUGUGUUUUUGUGAAUAGAUAUUGCACCCUGUUAUGAUGAGUACAUAAGAAAAACCUUGCUGGAUCAGACCCAAGGCCUAUUUAGCACAGCAUCUUACUUACCACUGUGGCUAACUUGAUGUCUAUGGGAUGCUUACAGGCAGAACACCUCCCUCAUUGGUGUUCUCCUGUGACUAGUGUGCUGCCUCUGAUCUUGGAAGCUGUAUGGACCCAUAAUGUAAAACAUGCAGAACUUUGAAUCCUGCUUUUUAAAAUGUGUGUAAUAUCUUGUUCUGUAGAUACUUGUGUAUCUAUACUAUAGCAGUUGUGUACCUGCUCCUCCCUAAAUAUCUGUGAUACUACCUCUCCCCUUCAGUGCUCUUCUCAAAAGCCACGCAGCCUUUGCUAUAUUCACUUAAUCCUAAUUCCAAAGCAGCCCAAAUUUUAAGUGUGUUGGAACUGCAUUUGACUGCAUUAAUCUUCUCUACCCUCAACCCUCCUGGUGUUGUUUUCCCUUCUUGUCUAGUUUAAAUUGUAAGCUCCUUGGAACAGGGAGAUGCCUAUUUUUCCUUACGACACUUUGUAAGGUGCCAUGUAUGCUGAUGACACUAUAUAAUGACCAGAAAACAUGUUAGGACAGGACUGAGCUUUCUUUGAUCAAGGAGCACUCUGCAUGUCUUGGACUACAACUCCCACUGUCCCUAACCAUUGACCAUGUUGGCUGGAGCGGAUGGCAAUUGUAGCCCAAAACAUCUAGUUGGCGAAGGCCAUUCUAUGCAUUGGCAUGGCCAACUGUAGAAUUGUACAAUAAUGUCCUUAUCUGUGGUAUCCUGUAAGGGAAGCUUGACAAUUAGGAGCAAUACAGCUUUUAUACAGUACUUUGGGUUGCUACCUUAAAUACAGUAAAAUAAUGUCAGUCUGUUUCUUAUAACCAUCACUGAAGGGCUCUUUGUGUCAGUGAUAUGCAGCAAACAAUUUUCCAGUGCUUUAUUUUUGCAUCCUCCCCUCCUUGUUUAAACUCUUUAGUAACAGUGAAUGGAUGCCAAUUGAAAAUGUAAUAAGGAGACUUGGCAGUUUCAAUACUUUGGGCAUUGUUUACUAAUUGCAAGUUAAAUAAAAAUGCUAGAUUAGAUCACUCUAAUUUCCCAGUGCAAAUUAUCCUAUUAAGAUGGCCCUAAUUGGAAUUGGAAAUGUUUCCAGGAAGUUCACAUCACAGCUGUAGGUGUUCAGGUUGACUGUAUGAAGAAGCAAACGGAUGCAAAAGGGGUAAACCACAGAUACUGUGUGUUCCAGCCAAAGUAUUCAACCAAUGCAUGAUCAGUAUUUGUCUGAGGGAGGCUGCACAGUGUUCCCAGAAGGAACAAGGAUUGCCCUGCCUGUUCCUGCUUGUGUCUUAGCACAUUUAGACGGGAGGGCUAAAGAGGAUUCAGUUUCAAUGAAUUGGAGAGGGCACAGAUGUAUUUCAGGGUAUGGUGUGGAUGUAGUAGUACAUUGCAGAGAUGAUUUGCAGUAGCAGCUGGCCGGAAGCACGAAACAGUUUUAGAACAUUAUGGGGAAUCUAUUGGAAUAUAACAAUAGAAGAGCAUUCGGUCUCUGGGAUAAAUUCCUGUAUGGAUCAACCUCAACCAUGUUCAGAGAAACAUCCUUCCAAAUGGUUCAAAAGUUGUAUUUAACAUUUUUGAGACUGUCAUGUAUAUCUGAAACCUCCUCAUCAAUCUGUCGGAGACCAUGUGGCAAAGUGGAGUUGUUCACCCAUAUGUGGGAAGACUGGGAGAUCUCAGAGAUAAAUGGAACACCAUUACAAAAGACACCAGAACUUGCUUUUUGAAAUGUGUUCACUGGAAAAAAUCAAGAUGUUGUGAGAAACUGGUCAGGUUUUUAUUAGUGGCAGCAAGAACUCAGAUUGCUAAAUACUGGAAAGAUUUACAAGGACUUCCCUUAUUGAAGUGGCACGAAAAAGUCUGGGGAAAUACCUCUUAUGUAAAAGCUGACACAGCAGUUAUGGGUCACAAGAGGUCACAGGAAGAAAAGUUCUUUUUCAAUGUAUUGAUAUAACUUUAUAACAGCAGAAUCACACAGCUAUUAAAGGCACAGAAGCCCUGCCCCCUUUUGCACCUGGGUAUUCUACUUCCAGCAAGAGUUGUAAAACUAGAUGGCAUUGGUCCCCUUUUAGGCCUAUUCUUUGAAUUUUUUCUUUUAAAUACAUGGAUAUUGGGUGUGUGUUUUUUUUAAAAAAAUGUGGACUUCAUAAAUAAGUGAAGUCCAAUGUUUCAUUAGAUCCUUUGUGUAUUUCCCCUUUAAUAGGGGAAUAAUGGGGAAAUACUAAUGAGGAAGCUAAUUCACUCAAAGUCUUAUUUUCUUCUCUGGAAUUAGGGGUGAGCAAUAAGGUGGUCAAGUUUGCUGAUGAUAUCCAAUGAUUUAGGAUGGUUAAAACAAAAAGGUGUAUAGCAAAGAGCUCCAAAAAGAUCUCUCCAGUCUGGAUGAAUGGGAAUUAGAAUGACAAAUGCAGUUCAGUGCAAAUAAGUAAAAAGUGAUGUAUGUUAGGACAAAAAAAAAAUCCAGCUUCACAGAUAUACUGAUGAGACCUGGCCAGUGACUGACCAGGAAAUGGAUGUUGUAGGUUGUGGUGGAUAAUGUGAUAGAAAUGCUGAAUCAAUGUACAGCUGCUGUGAAAAAGGUGAGCUUCAUGUUAGAGAUCAUUAGGAAAGAGUCAGAAAACAAAUACUGUAAAUAACAUAUUUUCUUCAUACAAAUCUCUUGGAAUAAGGUAUGCCAGAAUUGUGGAGUUUUGUGUGCUCUGUGGACAAAUACGGUAAUUAUCUGGUCCUAGCUGUGCAGGCCAAAGUGAACAGAUGGGUGGGACCUCCCACCUGCAAAUCACUUGAUGUCACAAUGACGGCAGAUGAUUGGGUGCUUUGAAGUCUAGUAGUUGGGACCUCAAAGCACCACAAAGGGCCUGCAGAUAUCCUGCAUAAUGCUUUAAAGUGCCUGAGGCUUUAGUAGAGCUAAAGUCUACUUUCUGUAGGCAUCAGCUCCAAGACCUAGUUUCCCAAGCUGUACAUGUAAUAAUAAUAGGCUUCAAAUUGCACAAUACUGCUGAAAAAGCAAGUGCACAUUUGCAUGGGUGUGCUUUAAACUGUUCUGAUGACUUUUGCUGGAGCAAACAUUAAAAACUGACUACUUCCUCAGAAGACAUGAAUAGAAAGUACCUUGUCCAGAAAACAUAAGAAUCAGAAAUGUUGUCAAUAUUAUGCCACCUCAACACAGGGUUACUCUGAAAGAAGGUAAGGGAAUCUCCAUAUUUCACUUCCUUUUCUGCAGAUAUUUAUGAUCUGCUUACUUGCAUUUCAUGUCUGUUUCCUGUUGCUCUCUUACUAAGUUCUUCAGUAAAGUUCAGAAGGUGGUUAAUGGCACACUGCAUUCAGUUGUGUCUAUUAUAGCCUUGACAUAAUUAUUUUCAUUUUUCAAAAAUAUCCAUAGGGUUGACAUGUUUGGAACCACCUCAGAACGUUACAGUUUUCAUUGUUGAUACGAACAUCACUCUGAAAUGGCUCUGGAAUAAUUCAUGUGGCCUCAAUGGGACCUUUUCAGUUCAAUACCAAAGGUAAGUUCUCAGUUGUACUGUGACUCACAUCAACGACUUGUAACAGAGACUUUUGAAAUAUUGCUGGAGCUUUUCUUCAGUAUGUGAGUUCCGUCCUAGUCCAUGAGUUGCUGUAUCUGCCAAAGAAAAUGUUUACAAGACACCAGAUAGACAGAACAGGCAGUUGUGCCUGUUGGAGGGGUAAAACUGCAAAUGCUAUGAUGUAGCAUAUAUUUUGGACCUAUCCCAAAAUUAGAAAAUUCUAGAAAGACGUAGCAAUGGAAAUUGAAGCAAUAACUGGCUUUACUUUACCCACAGAUCCUCUAAUUUUGCUACUUGGAUAUGUUAAAGAAAUUGUACUAAUAGAAGACAUGGGAUUAAUGCAACAUCUCUUAACUACUGCCAAAAUUAUUAUUUAUUAAAAUUGGCAGGGGCGGGGGACGGACGGAAUGAGAAUACCAUCCAUGAACGAGCGGACAACUAUAAUCAGGGGCAUAUAUGUAUGGCUCGGCCUAUGUAUAUGUUGAGAACUACACAGCGAAAAGACUGAUACUGAUGAAUUGGAAAAAUAAAAAUGCGGCUUCCUUUUUUUUGCAUUCCGGGUGCUGUGGAUCAAAAUUGAAAUGAAUUUUACACAAAGAUACUGUAAGGAAUGCUUACUGAUCCAUAAUGUCUGAGGACUGCUUUGCUUUUUUCUUUCAGUGAAUCAGACAGUGAAGAGAGCAAUGCUGAAAGCUGGUCACUUAUUCCCGAGUGUCAGGCUGUAAGAAUCACAGAAUGUGACCUUUCAUCAGCUAUAACAGACUAUUUUCAGCUUUAUAAUGUGAGCGUAAGAGCAGACACAGGAGAAGAGCACUCUUCCUGGGCUUAUUUAGUAUUUUCUCCUUAUACAGAAGGUAUGAAUAUGUGCCUAGUUUAUUCAAGUUACGCUUUAUACAGUUGUUAAAUAUGGGACAGGUAACCAAUUGCAAAUGCCUAGUUGUUUCAUUAUCUGACUUCCAGAUACCAAACUGUUCCUCUCUGAGGCUUACUCCCUAGUAAGUGUGUUUAGGAUCACAGCCUCAAUCCACUGAAAGUGGCAAACAAUAGCUGUUCAGAAUUAUGGGUUGUUUUUUAAAGUGAAGGAAUCUCUUCUCAUAGAGGAGGGUGGCACAUAACUGGGUUCUGUUUUAAAGUCCAGGAUGGGGUGGGGGAACUCACUGAAUAGAGUAUUAGUUUCAAAUUUCGGCUGUGGUGUUAGCAUUCCAAGCAGUGCUGGGUGGCUUUGACUAGCCACCCUUUUAAUUCUCUACGAUGCCCCAGAGUGGUGCUAGGUCAAGUGUAUUGUGGGAAAUUAAAAAGCUAGGUGCAGCCACCACCUGACACUGCUCAGUCUUGGGGCCCUGACAGCCGCCCAAGAAUGCUAGACGCUGAUGCUAAUCCUGCUUCCACUCUCCUUUCCUGUCUGUUGUGGUGGAGGGGUGGGAUUAGAAUCAGUCCGGCUGCAGGAGGUAGGAGGGAAGGUGAGCAAGGAGUUUAUUGCUUCUUUGCCUCCAUAGGGCCAAACUAGAGGUGACAUAUGCUAUGUAAUUUGCACUCGUAUAAUUGUUGGGUGAGCUGGAGUCCAUCCAUGGCACACAGGGAGGGUACUUACUUACUCUUUGACCCUGCUAUGGUCCUUGUUAGAAUGAGACACAGCUACCUCACACCUGCUGUUCACAAUGGAAGAAAAAUUCUCAUUGUGUAUACCCUGCAAGGCGGGACACGGGUGGCGCUGUGGGUAAAACCUCAGUGCCUAGGACUUGCCGAUCGUAUGGUCGGCGGUUCAAAUCCCCGCGGCGGGGUGAGCUCCCAUCUUUCGGUCCCAGCUCCUGCCCACCUAGCAGUUCGAAAGCACCCCUAAGUGCAAGUAGAUAAAUAGGUACCGCUUUAUAGCGGGAAGGUAAACGGCGUUUCCGUGUGCUGCGCUGGUGCUGGCUCGCCAGAGCAGCUUCGUCACGCUGGCCACGUGACCCAGAAGUGUCUGCGGACAGCGCUGGCUCCUGGCCUCUUAAGUGAGAUGAGCGCACAACCCUAGAGUUGGACACAACUGGCCCGUACGGGCAGGGGUACCUUUACCUUUUAUACCCUGCAAGGAGGGGCCCAGUUUCAACUGGGACUGGCAGGGGCAAAAGUUAAAGCCCCUCUCUCUUCCUGCCGCUGUCACGGUCUAGUUUUUCUAUCCCCCCUGCACUAGCUAUUUAUUUUUUAGGUAAAACAGCUAUACAAGACUGAACUUUGUGGCAAACAUCACUUAGGGAAGUUUUUAAUAUUUAAUGCUGUAUUGUUUUUAACACUCGAUUGGGAGCCACCCAGAGUGGUUGGGGAAACUCAGUCAGAUGGGCGGGGUAUAAAUAAAUUAUUAUUAUUGUUGUUGUUGUUGUUGUUCUUGGGAGCAGAGUCACCAUAAUCAGAAUGUAUGCUGCUUCAUCAAAAGCACUAUGAAUAUGAAUAUGAAUAGUACAAACUUUUAAGUGUACUUAAGUUAUGUUGUUAUCUUGGUCUGCAGCCCAAGUCGGUCCCCCAAGAGUUCAGUUAGAAUCAAUAUAUGGAGGAGAUGUGAAAAUCAUCAUUUUCAGUCCUGAAGCAAACCAGCAAAGAAAAAUGUGGGACCUGUCUCUAAGCUACAAGCUAACUAUCUGGAAAAACUCAUCCUAUCCUCAGGUGCUAAAUUUCUCUACACUUAAGAUUUGCUUUCUUUGCAGAAAUAUUCCUUCACAUUUAAAUCAUGUGUUACAUGUAUUCAUUUCCAGAACAAAAAUGCUAAACAUCUAAAACUGCACUCCUAUAAUCAUUUAUUUAGAAAUCCCAUGGAACUCCAUAGUGCUUUCGCUAACCUGCAAAAUGGUAUGGUAGUGGUUCAGUUUGUGUUGAGAGCUCUUUGCCAGUAUCUCAACUUACUUGUGUAACCUGAAUGCAUGAGAUGCUUAGUUGCUUGCUUUCAGCUUUAGAGGUGCCAGGAAGUAGUUUACAGGCUCCAAUCCAGACAUCUGAACAGCUCCCCAUCAGGAUCUAGAUCUGUUUACAUCUGGCAAGGAAUUAAACCUUAUAUCAAAAUGCAUGAACAGAAUUCCAUAGAAUAAAUAACACUAGAAAUAACAAAUGCAGCAUUUUAUGUGCAUAUCCUAUUGCAUGUUAUGUUUAAACCAAUAUUAUUAUUACUCUUUAUUAAAUUUAUAUACCUCAGGGCAGUUUACAGUAUAAAAACACACAACAUAAUAACAAAUGAAACAAUAACACCCCCCCCCACACACACACACUCAGUUUUAAAAGGCUAUACUGUAGAUUGUUUAAUUAGCCAAAGGCCUGGGGGAAAUGUUUUUUUUCUGGUGCCUAAAGAUAUGUAAUGAAGGCGCCAGGCAAGCCUCCCUGAGGAGAGCAUUCCACAGACCAGGAGCCACUGCAGGGUAUUGCCACCCUCCAUACCUGAUCACAGGGUUUGUGUCAGUUCAAAUGGAGAGAAGUGGUCCUUGAGGUAUUGUGAUCCUGAACUGUUUAAGGCUUUAUAGGUCAAAACCAGAACUUCAAAUUGGACCAAGAAGCUAAUUGACAGUCUGCAGUUGGGCAGUCUGCAGUUGUUGUAUGCUCAGACCACUUUGCCCUGAUGAGCCUUUGUUGUACAGAUUAUCUUCCUGAUAGUAAUAUUUUUUUAAUACAAUAUAGUGAUGGAUUUCAUUGCAGAAACAGAAAAACUGAAAAAGAAGCUCUGUCUUACACACAAUGGUGCCAUUUUUAUGUUGUGGAUAAAAUUUGACCUAAGCAGAUAUUCACUUUGCUGAGUAUAAUAAAACAGAGGUGGCAGACCAACAUGUUUUAAGAUGGAUCUCUUUGCAUCCCAAGUCCUUUAACUGGCAUUGAAUGAUUGAGCAUGUUUUUAAAAUGUUCUAAUAAUAAUAAUAAUAAUAAUAUAAUUUAUUAUUUAUACCCCGCCCAUCUGGCUGGGUUUCCCCAGCCACUCUGGGCGGCUUCCAAUAAAAUAUUAAAAUACAGUAGUCUAUUAAAUAUAAAAAGCUUCCCUAAACAGGAUUGCCUUCAGAUACAUAAUAAAAUACAAUCUGUUCGUUCAAGCUAUAGAUGUCAUACUGUAUAUCUGUCUUUCUGAAAGAAUGAUACCAAUAUUAUUAUUGUUGACCCAAUAAAAGAUUAUUUUAUCUUAGCUUUUUUUUCUGGAUUCACAUAAAAAUAACUGCCCAUGGAAGUAAUCAACAAUCGUAAUAUGUUACAUGCAACUGUCUGUUUCUGCAGGAAAAAAUCCAGGAUAUUUUUCCAGGACAAACCAUUCAAGACCUUGAGCCAGAGACUGCUUACUGCAUGAAAGCUAAAGUACAUAUGGUUGAUCACAAUUCUUUCAAUAGUCCAGACAUUUGUAUACAGACACCAAAAGGUAUUUAUUUUCUAUUGAUUUUAACAAUUCAAAUCUGUUCUAGUGUGCUGGGCGGGGGUGGGUGGGGAAUAAAUCUCCUUGAAGUGGGUAUUCUCUGGUCAGAAUCAAGCAGGAUGCUUCUUGUGCUUUCACAAGCACCUUCUCCCUGCUUUUUGUUUGUAAACAACAUGUCUUGCAUAAUAUUAGUGGCAUUUAUUUGUAUAAUACCGUGAAGCCCUGGGCAUGGUUUGUUGAGCAACUCCUGGGGUUCUGGUUUCAGAAGCUUCAUGACCUUUUGGUCCUGGCUUCUUUAUAAGAUUGGAGUUCCAAACUAUUAACGUGUAACAUUGUUCAUGAACCUAACUGGAUGGAUUGUUUGUAAAUUUUUCUUUCCUCCUUUUUAUAGCUUGGGCUGGUCUGCCUCGACCUGAAAAGCUCCAGGUUCACGCACUGAAUACAAACUUUGUUUUGCAUUGGGAUAAUAUGUACAAUGGAAACGUGAGCUUCAUUGUACAGUUUCUCAAGUAAGAAUCCUUGCCAUGCCUGUCUUCAGUCUUAGCUUUUUACAUUCCAUCUAAUUUAUGCUUAAAAAGCAAGCCUGAUAGGUAACUUAAGGAAGUUGUGAAGCUCUGAGCAGGAGCACUUGAGAAAAUGAGCAAUCUGCUUGGACCAGUUUGCAAACCAUUAUCUGAUGUGUGAGGAGCUUAAUUCUGCUUGGAUGGUAUCUCCCCCCAUCCCCAAGGGCCAAUUUUCACAGGUAUGUGGGCCAACCUACCUGCCAAGCACAUGAUGUCAGUAUGAUACUAGAGGAUAGGCAGGUGGGCUCCACCACAGGGGACCAAUGGGCCAAAAAGGUUCACCGCUAUGGGCUAUAUUUCUGAGGGGUUAUCCUUCCAUUGCAUGGGCUGGAACACUGCAAACCAAAGGAUUCAAGCAGGUCAUUGAUUGGGUGAAGUAUGUGGUGGUUACUUGCUGUCCCUUCUAUGAAAAGACGACAUAUUAAAUUGUCAAUUGUGUCAGAUCAAUUUGACUGCCAAGUCUGAUUAACCCUGCAAUCCCAUGCAGCUCACAUGAGGCUCAGUGGAGCUAACAUUCAAGUAAACAUCAACAGUUAGGAACUGUCUGCUGAUACAGGUAUUGUACUUAUUUAAUCAACCUUCUGUUGUUCUUAUAGUGGUUUUGAAGCACAGACGUCUCAUGAUAUCUCAAAAAACUGGCGUAGUGUAUCUGGAUGUGAACACGUUACAACCAAAUACUGUGAUUUAUCACGUUCCGUCAACUUCAUUGGAAUUUACUAUCUCCAAGUACAGGCUGUGAAUAGCCAUAGUAAAUCACCUUGGUCUAAAAUGCUAAAAUUUGAGCCUAUAGAAGACAGUAAGUGUCACCUUCUUCUGAUAUGCGUUAUCAUUUAUAGGUGCUGCUUUUUGUGUAUGUAUUUGUUAAUUUUUGCAAUCUUGUACAGCAGCCUAUACAUCAUCACAUUGUUACAUUUUCUUCUUGUAUGGUUAGAAAAGGUUAAGACCUUCACAACUUAUAGCUCACAACAGUUCGAAAGUUCAGCAAGCUCUACUGCUGUGCAACCUCUUGUGUACCACAAUGGCACCAGGGCCAUUGAAAUGAACUGGAGUUACCGUAUUUUUCGCUCUAUAAGACGCACUUUUUCCCCUCCAAAAAUGAAGGGGAAAUGUGUGUGCGUCCUAUGGAGCGAAUGCAGGCUUUCGCUGAAGCCUGGAGAGCGAGAGGGGUCGGUGCGCACCGACCCUCUCGCUCUCCAGGCUUCAGGAGCUAUCCGCUAGCCAUGGGAGACCCAGCUCUCCCACGGCUAGCGGAGACCUUGCCAGCACCCAGAAGCUUGGGGCGCGCUGAGCUCUGCACGCCCCAAGCUUCGGGAUUAGCGCAGCGCUCCGCUAGCCGUGGGAGAGCCGCGCGGCUCUCCCAGGGCUAGCGGACUGCUUGCCGGCACCCAGAAGCUUGGGGCGCGCUGAGCUCUGCACGCCCCAAGCUUCGGGAUUAGCGCAGCGGUCCGCUAGCCCUGGGAGAGCCGCGCAGCUCUCCCACGGCUAGUGGAGACCUUGCCAGCACCCAGAAGCUUGAGGCGCGCUGAGCUCCGCACGCCCCAAGCUUCGGGCUUAGCACAGCGCACCUGGGGGGGAAAUAAAAAAUUUUUUCCUUUAUUUCCCCCCCAAAAAACUAGGUGCGUCCUAUGGGCCAGUGCGUCCUAUGGGGCGAAAAAUACGGUACCUAUCACUAGUUCCUGGUGGCUGCUUGCUAAAACUCCCAGAUGUCCUCAAAAAUAUGUGUUUAGAUUUAGAACUUGCCCCCAGAACCAAUAGCAACAACAACAACAACAACAACAGUGUGUAUAUAUGUUGCAACUUAACAUACCACAGUAUCACAAUUUCCAUCAGUUAAUUCAUUUUACAUUCUACUGAAGCAGAGAUUUUGCCUUGUGCUCGAGCUUUAGUGACAGCGUUAUAUUGCAACAUGUUUUGUUGAAUUCAAAUGUUUUAACACAUUGUAUAACAUUGUUUUUAAGCUAAACUGGGCCCACCAAGUGUCAAGAUUAAUGCCAGUGAAAAUUCACUUAACAUUUUCAUUACUUCUCCUGGAGAAUCUGAAAAAAAUCUGAUGAGUAAACACUAUAAGAAGUUGAUUUACCAAGGUUGGUACUGGGCAGACUCUUCACCACAAGACAAGGUAAUGUAUUUUGGUUUUUUAAAAAAAAUAAAACAUAGAUAAAAGCAUGUAUUUAAAAAUUGACUCAUAAUGUAGCCCUCCUGUUCUUUCUCUAGGCCAUCUAUAACCCCUUCAGGUUUAUGCUGAAUAUGGUGUCUCUGGCUAGCUAAUUCCAUGUCAAAUGUACCUGUAUGUAGUGAAGUGCUCCAGCAUCAUACGAAAUACUAGACACACACUGUCCCAAAUGCACUGAGGGAUACCCAUCUGACACAGAUAGCUAAUCUCUGGCUAAUCCUACAGGUGUUUGAGAUUGAAAGAAUGCAUAGCUCAGCAACAUACAACAACCAGGCCUGCUGCAACUGGUUGGAGUAGUCAUAGGCACUAAGGUUCUAAGGAUCAGUGCCCCACGGGCACCUGUCAGUUGUUGCCAAGCCCUGGGCUGUAUGUUUUCUUGACCCUCAGUACAGUAUACCUGGAAUUUGCAGAGCCUAUAGUACAGCCAUAUAGUUGCACCCAAAGUCAGAAUGUCAGUCUUCAAGCUUUGUUUUCAAUAAGUGCUUGCUCUGGUUUACAUUGUUAUGUAUUUUGUUGUUGUUGUACAGAAGAAACUGGAAAAUAAAUCUUCACAAUUUAUAAUCCCAGACUUGAGCUCUUCUACUUUAUACUGCCUAAAAGUACAAGCAUUUGCUCCAGCGUAUAAUAAAAGUAGCGAGUUUAGCAGUGAGACAUGCACUAAAACUGCCAAAGGUAUGAAAUACUUAUUUUUAGUGUUUGAUUUUUUAAAAAAUGAUACAUUGCUUUGUAUUUUUAAAAAAAUCUAAAGUGAUGUGUUUUUCUGAAAUUCUAUGUUGUACAAAAAAACAACAAUUCCGUAUAAAACCAUAAAACAGGAGUAUGUAUACAAUCCAAUCUCUUGGUUGUAUAUGCAGGCAACAUCACCAAUUUUUAACGUUUGGUUUAGAAUAUAUUAACCUUGGCUCAUGUUUGAUUAUUAGUGGUAUUAUUACCGCUAGUGGUAAGAUUUAUACCCUGCCCUUAUUACAUUAUCAAUACAGAUUAUGUAUAUAACUAUAUGAAGAAUAGAACACAAAUUUGUAAGCUUAGUUCAAGUAACUGAACAGAAGUUAAUUGUAAACUAAGAUUGGCACAUUGGGAUAAUUAUGAAAAAUAUCCCAAAAGCAUGUACUUUUUAUUUAACAUGGAAUGUUUACAAAGAAAGAUUGACAAGGAAAGGUAUCUUAUAUGUAAAGCAUGCAUAAAACCAUUUUUACUUUUACUGGAACCAAUUUAAUUUUUGAGGUUUUGUAUAGGGGAGAGUGAGCAAGUGCGCUAUAUCUCCAUCUCUCCCCCCUUCACAAAAUCUUUUCUCGCCACAACAACUUUCCAAGUGCCAUAAGUUUAAGUUGCUGGCUUUAAAAAUAAGCUUAAGAAAGUGGUUAUUGCAGAAGUUUUUUCAAUAUAUAACUCAUUUUAAUUUCUUUUUCUUUGUAGGAAAAUCUUUAUAUCCAGUCAUUUUUAAAGUCUUUGGAAUUACUCUUGGCGUUAUUGUUUCAAUAGUGGUCUUAGUUGGUGUUGUGUAUUAUAUACGCAAGCAGAUCAAAUAUGCAUUCUUUCCAUCAUGCCAUCCUCCACUGAUCAUAGAGGUAUGUAUAUAUGGCUUUUAUUGCUUUGCUAUUUGCAGUAGUAAAAUUAUAGGACAAGUAUUCUAGAAAUCACAUCAUGGGUGCUUAUUAUGUAUGCAGUGCUUACAAUAAGCAUACAUUUGCCAUUUACAGAGAGAGAAAGAGAAUGUGUGCGCGAACUGAGAUAUUCCCAGUGUUCUUCUUAACAGAUAGGUUGUUGCAGGCUCAAAAAUGGCAUGCGUGUACCUGGAGUUCCUCUUCAUGCAAGGAGCUCUGGACUGGGGUGUAUAUAUUGCAUUACCCUUGAAUAUAUUGUGUAGUGCAUCUGCCUGACAUAUUACUUGGGACAUCCUAUAGAUCUAUAGGAUGGGUAUAGAAAUGGCAUUUUUAUUAUAUCUUGCUGUGUAUAACAUCCAAUAGCAGCUGGCGUGGCUGUGCUGUUUUCUCAUCUCACCGAAUGUGAAAGUUGACUUGCCCUUAUUGAGACAGAGAGGAGCAAGGCAGCAGGAAUGUGGUGCAGGCACAGUGCAGACACAGCAGCAGAAGCAUCGGAUUGGUUCCACUGCAGCAGCAGCACUGCACAGGGAUCCUGCUGCCUUGCUCUUCUCCCUCUAUUGACUACAGUGGGUCUAUUCUAUUAAUAACAUCGGAUAUCACACAAUGCAUUCAAUAAUGUAUUUACAGCAUGAGUGCAGAACUUCCGGCCCAUAGGUGUUUUCAUUAUUUAAAUGUACAUGUCGACCUUCCUUCUAAAGUAGCCUGGAGCCAUAAACACACAAUGAUAAAACUUUCCAGACAAAUCAUAUGGAAACACUUUUCACAUAGUUGUCUCUGAAAAACUUGCUUCUCAUCUAAAGUUCUGAGUAGUGAUGCUGAGCCUGAGGACUUUGCUGUUAUGUAGUGGACCUCUUUCUUGUAUAGGAAUAAACAUCAAAUAGACCCAUUAUUCUUGACAAAUAGGAUUUUUUGGGGGAAAUACUUUAGACAUUUUGUUAAUGCACUUGUCCAUCCUGUAUAACACCCCCUACCCUGGAUUUAGACUCCUUACAUUAUUUUAGUUUUUCCUCUUUUGUUUAAUGUAUAAUAACAAUAGUUAAUAAUAAAUAAUAAACAAUAAUUGGCCUAAUUACUGGCAUAGGUGCCAGUUUUGCCUGCAAGGUGACACCCCCCCCAAUUAUACCCACCUCUCUCAUACCUGAAAUCUUAUGUGAUAUCAGGUGAGGGGCAGGUGGAAAUGUGGCUGUCAGUGCAUAAUCAUAGAAUCUUAGAGUUAGAAGGGACCCAAGGGUCAUCUAGUCCAACCCCCUGCAAUUCAAGAAACUCAGCUAAAGCAUUCAUGAAAGAUGGCCAUCCAACCUCUGCUUAAAAACCUCCAAGGAAGGAGAGUCCACCACCUCCUGAGGGAGCCUUAAAGGGUACUUCCAGUUGCACAUUAGGGAUUGAAAGUAAACCUCUCUUGCCAAUCAGCAGAUAGGCACUGAUCUCAGGCUCCCUGGGAACAGCUACACCAAUCUUUGAAAAGGCUUGCAAAAGAGCCUUGCUCAGCGCAACAGCCUAUUACCUGCUGUCACUGUGACUUUGGGUGAUUGACGGGUGGGCACCCUGGCUGUUCGUACGUCAGAAGGCUUUUCCAAGGAAUCAGCACUUGAGUAAUAAUGCACAUGGCUGUUGCCAAUUUAGUCAAUGGGCUACAAGCUGAAACCAGAUUCAUCCUUCACCACAUAGCAGUCAGCGUGUACAGUCUUGUAUUGCAGCCUGAGCACAACUCUUUCCUGUACUAAUUCCUUUUGCCUCCAUUGUGUCUUUUUACCACUACUUCUCUCUUGUCAAAUUCCCCCAAAGUGCCAUUGAAAGAAGCAGCUGUUACCAGAAACAGAAGCUGCACAGUUAACUUCCCCGUCUCCCACUAGGACAUCUAGGAGAGCUUAACUUGUAUACUGAUGUUACAAAAUUCUAAGUAUCACUUUCCUGCAUCUAACUGAUUGUCCACAUCUCUACUUGUGUCAUAUCAGUGACUGGAGGGGUACGGGGAGGUGUCAAAUGUUGUGACAUCAGGGCACAUGUUAGGAGCCAUUAUGGAUGGGGAAGCAGAAACUAAAUAUGUGGGUACAAACUUUGGUGUGGACAGCCAUGCAUUAGACAUAAUGUGUACCGUGGUUCUAAAUCGCUUGUUCCUAGAUCUCAGACUGUAUUCUAGUGACUGGUGUUGCCUGUUUAAUGCUUCAAAGAAGGGGUUUUAUUAUCUUUUUCAGUGUUUCAUAUGCCAACCAUACCCUCAUCCUUAAUAAAUAUUAAUAGUACAUUAUUCUAACCAAACACAACAGCUUUCUAUAGCGCCCUAUAUGUAGACAUCAGUAGUUCUCAUUACUUUCUGUGUACUUUCCCACCUGCAGAACAUUGAAGGAAAAGAUUUGCGCAGUUCGUACUUGCUAACUUCAGAAGAGCCAACAGAAAAUUGUGUUGUCAUAGCUGACAGUAGCAUUCUAAAUGAAGUUGAUCUGACCGACUUUAAAGACCAGAAAGAGCUGGAAGAGAUCAGCCAAGACUCAGGAAACUAUUCCAAUGAUGAUGGUAUCUCUAGGACUAAAGACUCCCAUUUAAUCCAAGAACAGAAAGCAGAAUAACUCUGUAAAAUAAUGGCUAGAAGCCAUUAUUAUGGGUAGAUGAGGGGGUUGCAUAAAUAGCAACUUGCAAUUUAUGCAUCUUGCUGUUAGCUUCCAUAUAAGAAAGACUUUGUGCCAAGACAUGACCUGACAGCUGGUUCUUGCACCAUAGAUUUUGAGUUUUGUGUAUUGCUAUUGGCACAAAGGCUCAGGUAUGGAGAACACUUGAUUUCACUACCAAAAUGUUUACUUCAUUUUGACGAGAAGCUGGUGCUUAAAUGAAGUUUACAAACAUGUAAUAUAUGUUUGUGUGUGAGUGUGUAUGUUAAAUACAAAAAAACAUCCUAAGACAAUCCUAAAGCUAGACUUUACGACUGUGGAUGCUGUGUUGGCUGAUAAAGCAUAAAUAACUGUGAGGAUUACUGAACAUUUAUAGGUUACAGCAGAGUAACACAGACUACAGCAGUUUCGAAAUGUACAGUGGUGCCUCGCAAGACGAAAUUAAUCCGUUCCGCGAGAGUCUUCGUCUAGCGGUUUUUUCGUCUUGCGAAGCAAGCCCAUUGACGGAUUAGCGCUAUUAGCGCUAUUAGCGGUUUAGCGGCUAUUAAAGGCUUAAAGGCUUAGGGGAUUAGCUGCUAAAAGGCUAUUAAAGGCUAUUAAAGGUUUAGCAGAUUAGAUAAAGGGGGGGGAAAGCGAAAAAAAAAUCUCAAGACUCACAAGGUAUUUUUGUCUUGCGAAGCAAGCCCAUAGGGGAAUUCGUCCUGCGAAGCAACUUCAAAACGGAAAACCCUUUCGUCUAGCGGUUUUUCCGUCUUGCGAGGCAUUCGUCUUGCGGGGCACCACUGUACUGACAGGAUGGCUUUUCACAGGGAAAUAAUUUUUGCUAUAACCAAACGCAUGCAAAUAUUGUUACCAUGUUGUUGACUUUAGGUGACUGACAGAGCACAGUCUUAACACAGUCUCUGUGUUGUAUUUCAUUGUUUAUGUGACCUUAUUCAAGAUCACAUAUAGUCUAGCCAGUAUUAGUUUAUAUUCAAAACAGAUAAAGGGUUUCAGCCACGUGGAUACUUUGGAGAGUAAGUGUAAAAUGUCUUUCUCUCAAUGGUGGUCACACUUACUAUAUCCUUCAGAAUUUAGAUAUUUGCCACCUACAUUUUUUGUUUGCCGUAUGUUAAAAACAUGUUGCCUGACCAUUAGUGCAUUUCAGUUUUAAUGCAAAUAAAGCAAACUCCUUUUGAGAAAGGUUUUUUUUAAAAAAAGAAAAAGUCUUACCUACAAUUUAGUUGUAAUGAAAAGUACAAAAAAUCUUAGAAACUAAGUCUUGGAGAAUCAAAAAAGUCAAAUGGUAAUUAGGGGGUCACCAAUAAAUACUUGAUUUGGGGCAAGGAAAUCACUAGCCAACUCUCAAAAAGUUAAGACUUUUUUUAUAGAAUGAGCAGAGACAUCCCUAGUUAAAUUACUUUCUGGGAACUAGUGUAGUUUUUACUGUGAUUUCUUCAUUUAGUCCUUGCCAACCAGGGAAACAAACGGCAACUACUGACCAGGCCUUCAGUAUUUCUCAGAAUAUAUUUACUUUCCAACGUGUUUCCUUUUUAUAGGAUGAUGAAAAUUAAUAUAUACUUGGGGGGAAAUGGGAACACAACGUUUGUGAACAAGAUGGAUUUGUUCUGAUAACUACUCUCACUAGCAUCCUCCAAUAGCAAUGUGAGAAAUGAAAGCAUUUUCACUCGCAUUAAGAGUGUGCCCAAAUUUAGUUGGUCUGUAUAGGUGUCUAGCAAGCUAAUUCUUAUGAGAAUGUGUGACUGCAAUUAUUGCAAUCCAUUGCUACUGUUAUUUCAGUUAGUUUGUACAGUUCAGUUUCACAAUUCACUAUCCUGUUUAGAAGUGUCCAAAUGGUAGCAUAGCGUUGUUUAUUCAGUGUUAACACACCAGUGUACUUAGCCCCAUCAGUGAAUACCUGUUUUUGCUGAAAUGUGAGUUCCUAAGGCGCAGUUAUACUGGUGUCAUCUGGCUGUUCUUCUGAGUAGAUGGCUAGCUGAUGUGGGGAGUAGAGAAAAUGUUUACAAACUCCAUUUACCAGUAGAGCUGGGACAAAAGGGGGUCCGCACAGUGCUUAGGUGCAGGCCCUCAUUUAGCUUUAUGUUUGAUUUUGGGGGAUGUGUGUAUAAGCAGCAUUGCAACAGGUCACCUACCUAGCAUAUUAUCACCCAACUGUCUUGGUAAAAAACAAAACAAAAAUGCCUUUGUGUAAAUAGUUGCUUUUUUUAAGUGAAGUGUGUAUGAUGAUUGUAUUGCAGUAUUAACUGUUGCUGAUAGUUAAUGGAAACUAAAUUAGGUGACCUUGGAAGGUCAGAAUGUAAGUGUGUGGGUGGGUGAGAGAGAGAGAGAAUUUGGCAUGCCUGCACCAUCUGUUUUCAGGUAGACGCCUCCUUUCCACAUAUAAUGUGGAGACAGGGGCUUGAUAUGUUUUCUAGAAGGUAUGAAUGGCUGGGGAAGCAAGUAUAUGCUUACAUAUGUUUAUAUGUGAAAUAACUCCAUGUUCUGACUAUGGAUGUCAGGUAAUUCCAACAGAAGCAGGAGUGGAAAUUGCCAGUUUGCUUUUUUGUCCCCUGUCCAGAACAGAAAUCAAUCCAGCAAUCAAUGUUCACUGUUGUUGCUGUUUCAGUCCACAAAUGAUAUAUACUUUAUCACUGUUUUUCCCAUUUACAUGGCAUUUCUUUUACAUUGAACUGAAUAGUGUGGAAUAACAUAAUAAGAUCAGAAUUAAUUAUGUAAAAUUGCACCAGAACAGACAGCAAAACAAGUAACAGUGGAAUGAAUGAAUCUUUACUUGCAUCAGCUACCAGCCAUAGGAAUAAAAACAAACAAAAUGCAGUAUACAGAGGAUAAAGGUAAAAAAAAAUCAGUUAUAUAAACAUUUUUGGGGGAUUUGGAUCAAUAGUCAAAUAGUGGAUCUUAUUCUAAUUGCCCUGGCUAAGAACCGUGCAACCUUUGCUGUCACUUGCUCCUCUUGGUCUGCUAACAGAAACUACUCUGUGGCAGUGGUUGGGAGACCUGGAAUGGAUAAUAAUAGAGGGGUGAUAACUUCACUCCUCAAAUCAAGUAAGUGCAGAAGCCUAACUGCAGCAGUGCAUGUGAUGAACAAGUUCUGAAGAGAGCAUCCUGAAAUGGUCCUGUCAAAAGUAAGGAUGUAAGGAGUCAGCCAUUUCCAUCCUGUCUUCAGUUCAUUGAAAUCAAUUCUUUUCCCAUUCUGCUACAUUUCAGCUUUCGCUAAAACCUAUCUUCAUCUCGCUAACCACUAUGGCCAAAACUAAUGUAAUUAAUUAGGUAAUUGAUUAUGUAAUCAAUUUCAGUGAAAGGAAAAGGUCAAAAACAAUUCAGAAAAUAACAUAAUUAUUUACAUAAUGUUUGCAGAUUAAGAAAAGAACAAUAGCAAACAUAACUCAUAUUCACAUUUCUGUUACUGACCAACAAACAUGCAACUUGCAGCAAUUUCUGCUUCCACUUCUGUUUCUGGUGGAAUUCUCAGACAACCAUAGUGUAAAGGGCUCACUUGUGUUCUGGCAUGUAUGUCAACGGGAUUUUAUUUCUGUUGUGUUACUAGGGUUGCACUAUCGACCAAGAAACUAUAAUGCCUAAACCAAGUUUCCCAUGCUUAUUUAAUCCUAAAGAUGCUGAUAUGUAGUGCCUUUUAAAGUUAAAAAGUGUGAAGUCCUUCAAUCCUGAUUUGUAUGGUACUCUAGUCUUUAUUUAAUCUACUCCAUCAUAGCAAAAAAUAUUUAUUCAUACUUCCUCGUAUUGAACUCAAUGGGACUUGAGUCUGAGAAGGCAUUUGUAACACUGUGCUGUAUCCCCACCCCCACCCCGUGUCUUUCUUACUUGUUGGGUUUAUAGUUAUCUCAGGACUUAAAACAGGAAAUACAUCAGAUUUGAAACCAACUUGCUGUAAUAACUAAACCCACAUGAUGCAUGACUCAUAGUCUCACCUAUCCAUAGAUGCUGUUAUGACAAGCAACAAUCAGUGCUAUUCCUCUGCACGCAUAACUGAUUAUUUUUUAUGUUUCCAUGUAUUGAUACUUUGUGGACAUUGUAUUGCAUUUAGAUGUGGAGUGGAACUCCUCUGCAGUGUCCUUAAGUUCAGUGAGCAAUUGUAUCUGAUUGUGAGGAUAAAGAAAUCUGAAGAUGUACUGUUAAAAUCUAUAAAUAUAACAUAUUAAGACUCUGUGUUUUGUUUUUUUACCCUAGUGGAAUUUUUAUCCUGUUACAAUGUACUCCACUUUUCUAUUACGGCACUUAAGAUGUCAACUUGGUAAGAGUUUUAUUUAUAAGGAAAUUUGUGUUGAUAAAUAAAGAAAUAAUGCCAGAUACAUCCAAUUCUGCUCUGAUCUUUGUUCCAGGCAAGUGGGCCGUUGUAACUUGAUCAACAUAUGUGACACAAUCUCUCAUAGUUUAAAUUUAAAAUCAGCCUGUACCAGGAAAUGAGGCUUUUCAGGGGCCAACUGCAGCCCUGCAGGCCUCUCUUUAUUUGGUGGUUGGGACCCUCCCCAGACCACCCCACUUCUUCACCAGUCCUGUUUUGCCACCUCCUUGAGUGUGCGUACCUGGCUAGAAUGUAUCCUGGAACACUGAUUAUGCUUCUUGUUUGCCUGGAUGGAGAAUAGAGAGGGAUGUUUACACCUGUCCCAUCCACUUUUGGUCCUCACCUGGUGCACCACUGGCCUAUGCCUCUAGAAGGUUGUCUAUAAGAGAAUGUAGCAUUUGGGCUGAGAGGGGUUCCCCACCCCCCUGGUCUAUACCUAUAGUAUGAACAUAUAAUGCAACUUCUCAGGAACUAUAUACCACAAGUCCCAGGAAAAAGCUACCCUAGAACCAUUCUCUAGGCUAGUUUGGAGAAGCAAACACAUCCUGCCCUGCUUGUAGUCUGGGGCUUAACAAUCCCAGAAAAGCGUUAUCACAGGUUUCUACUGUAUAUGUAGCCUGAAACUGCCAGCAGUAAGAGUGAUGAUCUUGUAGCACAGCAAAACUACGUAGAUUUUUAGCUCCUCAGGAUGGACAAAUGCAUUGUGGCAGAAUCUGACAUUGCACAUAGGGUGAUACAUAGGAAAAAGUUACACAAAGCAUGAGUACAUCCAUGUCAACGUGACCAUAACCACCGCCUUGCACUAGGGCAAUAACUAAAGCGUUACAGUGGAAUACAAAUAUGAGAAACCUACACCGAGUAGACAAAACCGGGCUGUCUUGUAGAAUAUGUGUUACAAUGACACAAAAAGGGAAGGAGAAUGGAAAACCUUGAAACAGAAGCUGGGAUCAGGAGGAUGGGUUGAACAGUUGAAAUGAAAGAGGAUGGGGGCAAGAGACAGGACUCCUCCUUUCAGUUCCUAUCCUCUCAAGUAAACCUCCGUUUCAAUAUAAUAAAAUGAUAAUUUGCAAGGUCCAUCUUCUGCUCACUCCUGAAUGUUCUGUGUCCAAGAGACAUAGGUUCCUCUGCUGGGCUCACCUCUCCAGGCUCACCCCCCUCUGGCAGAGACACCCCCCCCCAUUUUUGAUGACAGUCUCUGCAACAGCUGUGGGGUGCUUGAAGAUGGCUCUACCUUGGUUGGCCAUCUUCCACAUCCAACUCCAUGCUCGGUUUUAAAUAGAGAUGCACAGGUAACUCUACCAGUCCCCCUUCUACAAAUAAUGAGGUGGGAGAGCAUGUCAGUGGCCUACGCAGGUCACUGAACAGACUGAGGAAAGAAGGUAUGAAAUGCAAUGAGGGGCCACACGAGGAGCAGUUGCUCUUGCCACGACUGCUUUCUUUACUGCAUCUGGAAGCUAUUGGAAGCGUCUCCAGGAAUUUAGAACCAGCUAGUGCAGGUGUGAGGAACCUUUCAGGUGCUACUGAACUACAACUCUUGGCCAUGCUUGAAGGGGCUGAUGUAAGUUGGGUUUCGCAACAGCUGGAGCACCAAAGUUGGAGCUAGUGCAAGGGUUUCUCACAGCAACCACAUGUUGCUUGUGUUGUGUAAAAUGCACACCACAUAUGUGGUUGCAGAAUAAAGUGAAAACAUACAUUUUGCCUUUUUUAUUCCCACUUUCACUUUCUCUAGUCUCCAAAUGAUUUGA